AUGGCCGAACAACAACUAGGAGUGCUGAAGGCACUCGAUGUUGCGAAAACGCAACUUUACCAUUUCACGGCGAUUGUAAUCGCCGGUAUGGGAUUCUUUACAGACGCAUACGAUCUUUUUUGCGUGUCCCUGGUGACCAAGCUCCUUGGCCGUCUCUACUACUUCAAUCCGGCGUCAGAGAAGCCUGGCAGUCUUCCCCCUCAUGUUGCGGCUGCGGUCAACGGUGUGGCUCUCUGUGGGACACUUAUGGGUCAACUAUUUUUCGGAUGGCUCGGGGACAAGCUUGGAAGAAAAAAAGUGUAUGGUAUCACUUUAAUCAUGAUGAUUGUGUGCUCUGUCGCUUCUGGCCUCUCCUUUGGUAGCAAAGCAAAGGGUGUCAUGACCACUCUUUGCUUCUUCAGGUUUUGGUUAGGAUUCGGUAUUGGAGGUGACUACCCUCUUUCUGCAACCAUCAUGUCUGAAUACGCUAACAAGAAGACUCGUGGUGCUUUCAUCGCGGCCGUGUUCGCUAUGCAAGGUGUCGGUAUCUUAGCCGGUGGUUUCGUGGCUCUUGCGGUGUCUUCAAUAUUCGACAAGAAGUUCCCAGCUCCGACCUAUGCCGUCGACAGGGCUCUCUCAACGCCUCCUCAAGCUGAUUACAUUUGGAGAAUCAUUGUCAUGUUUGGUGCCCUACCAGCAGCCUUGACUUACUACUGGCGUAUGAAGAUGCCUGAGACUGCUCGUUACACCGCUUUGGUCGCCAAGAACAUCAAACAAGCCACACAAGACAUGUCUAAGGUCUUACAAGUGGAGCUUGAGAUGGAGGAAAGAGCGGAGGAUAUCGUUCAAGACCCUAGACUUAACUAUGGCUUGUUCUCCAAGGAAUUUGCCAAACGCCAUGGUCUUCCCCUCCUCGGAUGUACCUCAACUUGGUUCUUGCUUGACAUUGCCUUCUACAGCCAAAACUUGUUCCAAAAGGACAUUUUUUCGGCUAUUGGAUGGAUCCCAAAGGCAGCGACCAUGAACGGAAUCCACGAGGUUUUCAUGAUUGCUAGGGCACAAACUCUCAUUGCGCUCUGUAGUACCGUCCCCGGUUACUGGUUCACAGUUGCAUUUAUUGAUAUUAUGGGAAGAUUUGCAAUCCAACUCAUGGGAUUCUUCAUGAUGACCGUGUUUAUGUUUGCCAUUGCCUUCCCUUACAACCACUGGAUCAAACCGGACAACCGUAUCGGAUUCGUGGUCAUGUACUCACUCACCUUUUUCUUCGCCAACUUUGGACCAAAUGCAACCACUUUCAUCGUCCCGGCUGAGAUCUUCCCGGCCAGGCUAAGGUCCACAUGCCAUGGAAUAUCAGCCGCAACAGGUAAGGCUGGAGCCAUCGUGGGAGCUUUUGGGUUCCUAUACGCAGCUCAGCCACAAGACAAGACCAAGACGGACGCAGGAUAUCCACCGGGCAUCGGAGUCAAGAACUCUUUGAUCAUGCUUGGUGUCAUUAACUUCAUCGGUAUGCUUUCACCUUCCUUGUCCCUGAGCCCAAGGGUAAGUCCCUUGAAGAGCUCUCCGGUGAGACUGAGGUUGAGAAAUGAUUAUGCCGUCCUAUCUUCAAUUAAUCUUUUAUCUGUUUGUCCAUUCAACUUUUUUGUGAUGCCCAUCAUGAUUAUGUAA